AUAAUUAAUUGAACAACCCAUAUGGCUUUAAUUAUUCUAUAUCUUUAGAGAAUAACGAGAGGAAGAUAACUGAUUUAUCCUAAAAUUUUAUCGCAUAAUUUACUUUGAUAUGAAUAUACGCACAAAUCACGAAGAAAAGUAAGUACCAUUUAUCAGGAAAAGUAAAGUAAUACCAUCAUAAGAUUUGUAGACAUAUCAUUCCUGCAGUGGUAGAAAAACAAAACAAAUCAUUAGCCGAACCAAAUAUCUACAAUCGAAGUGAAUUUGACUAUCACCAAAACGAAUAAAUAUAAUAUAAACCAAACCUUAGAUACAUGUAUAUAUUAUAUAGAGUAGACAAUAGUGGAUGGUGGUAGUGGAACCACUUAAUGCGAUUUCACCUUCCCUGUUUUUCUCCCUUUCACACAAAAACAAAACAAAAUUAUUAAAAAAUCAUGUCACACCAAAUGUCUUAUUUACCAUAAUACCCUAUCUCAUAAACUCCUUAACAAUUUAGCUCCCUUAAUUAACUCGAGUAUCCAUUCUCAUCUAAAUCAAUUUCUUACGUUUUCUCUCGUCAAAAUCUUUUUUCCUUUUUUUUAUCACGAGAUGGAGUCCGGUAAUAGUAGUAGCAUGCAAUCUUCAAGCGGCGGUGGCGGAGGAGGAGAGGAAGAGUACGAUUCACGCGCCGCCGAUCAAUCCAUCUCCGCCUUCUUCGACCAGCACAACCACCACGUGUCGUCUUUACCCCCGCCGCAACAAAACCACCUCAACCUCCUCCAUUUCGACCAUAACAACAACAACUCUCUAAUACCACCAAAUUACUUCAACAACAACAACAACACGUUCUUACCCGUAAACCAACAACUCGACCCGAUUUCCCAACCCGACCUCCGAACUUUCUCAUCCACGUCAUCACUCCCUCCUCCUAACAAUAUAGGAGUAAUCAAGAAAACAAAGAAAAGAUCACGAGCAUCAAGAAGAGCACCAACGACGGUUCUAACGACGGACACUUCCAACUUCCGAGCGAUGGUUCAAGAGUUUACCGGAAUCCCAGCUCCACCUCUAUUCAACAACUCCGUCGUGAACACCACGCGUCUCAACACCUUCCUCGGCUUGUCUUCUUCUUCGCCAAACACGUACAACACCAACAGUCUCUUGUUACGACCGUUUGCUCAAAAACUCACCUCAACGUCUCCUCUUUUAUCCGGAUCACAGAUUCAGCAAUAUCAAAACCCUAACAACGGUUUCGAGAAUGUGAAUCUGCAAGCUCUUCUUCAAGCUCAAAUUUCAAACCCUAGAAGCAAUGAGCAUGAUCAGUUUGGCCUUGGUAUGAUGCAGAGUCCAUCUACUAAUCCUCCUACGACAACGGCAGCAGCUAACGGGAACAUAACCACUGGUGAUACUGGAAGCUACGGUGGUUCCGAUCAUGAUCAUAAUAAUGACGGUACUUGGUUAUGUUCAUCUUCCGACCAGAGAACAUAAAUAUAUAUGUAGUCCAAAAUCAAAGCUAAUCUCUUGACAUGAUUAUUCAACAAAUUAAACAUAGCACAUAUAGGAUGAUGAAGUUACUCAUUUAUAUUUUCUAUUCCAGUAUAAACACUUUAUUACUUUUUCUUCUUGUAGGGUUUGCUAUUUAAUACAUGAUUAAUAUGCUUGUUAAUUAUUUGUUUA